UCUCAUCAAAGAGCUGCUGUAAGUGUAGCUAGUCAGCAAGUAAAGAUGGGUGCCAAGCAUUUGGCUCUGGCCAUCCUAGUCCUCCUUAGUGUAGGAGUGACAAGCGCUCGAAACCUCUUGGGUUAUGGUCUUGGCGGGGAAGGUGGCGGUGGUGGCGGAGGUGGUGGUAGCGGUGGAGGUGACGGUACUGGCGGGUUAGGCUAUGGUUCUGGAUAUGGAUCUGGGUAUGGCGAGGGUGAUGGUGGAGGUGCCGUUGGAGGAUUUGGCCAUGGCGGUGGAGGUGGAGGUGGAGGUGGUGGUGGUGGUGGUGAAGGUGGAGAGUCCGGUUCAAGAUAUGGCUAUGGGGAAGGUCAUGGCUCUGGUUAUGGAUCUGGUGGUGGUGCUUUCGGUUCAGGUGGCUACGGGAGUGGCGGUGGCGGCGGAGGUGGUGGUGGGCAAGGUGGCGAUGCAGGGUAUGGAUAUGGGUCGGGCGAGGGCUAUGGAUCUGGUGCUGGCGGUGCUAGUGGUGGUGGAGGCGGAGGUGGAGGCGGACAUGGUGGUGGAGGCGGAGGUGGCCAAGGUGGCGGGUCUGGUGGUGGCUCAAGCUAUGGGUCUGGAGGUGGAUAUGGUCAGGGUGGUGCUUACGGUGGCGGAUAUGGAAGCGGGGACGGUGGCGGUGGAGGCCAAGGUGGUGGCUCGGGUUAUGGUUCCGGUUAUGGUUAUGGGUACGGUUCCGGUAGUGGUGGUGGACAUUACUAGGUUUGUGCUCCAAUGCAGAAUUCUACGGUUCGAGUCAUAUACAUACCUAAUAGAGAUGUGUCAUUGGUAUUGGUUGGCUCACAAAAUAUUGUUUCCACAAGAUGUAAUUAAGCGUGAUUGGGUAUGUCGCCAUACUCGCUUGACAAAGCAAAAUAAAUAAAGUUGUGUUCUGAACAUAGCUGCCUCUUUGGUAAGGAGAGCAGCACGUUACUCUGCA